GCUCUUCCCUUCCCUGGUAUCGAAUGUGUAAAAGAAUUGACCAUAAAAGCGUGACGAGAAUAUCCAGGAAAAUUUUCUCACCGCGAAUAAAAUCUAAGUAUACACCGAAAAAGUUUUACUCGAAGCCAGGCGGACUCGUAUAAGAAAAGUAUGAGAAAGGGAAACCAUGUCAAAAUUAGGUAUACUAUACGUGCCUUUUCUUCGCCCUAAAUAAAGGCUCAGCGUAACAAAGUAUUUCUCUGAUAAGAAUAUACGACGAACAGAGGAAAAGCGCAAAAGUUAACAAACUCUAAAAGGCAAAGUAUACCGUAAUGGAGAAAGAAAGGUAAAAAAUAAUAAUACUUUGCGAAUGAAGUCCCCAAGUUAAGUACAAUAGGUAUUAUUUGCUGCCCUGUAGAUGCCACAUUAGGAUUAUAAAGGAUCAUAGUAAAUUCGAAAAGAAAAUAACGUACAAGCGUAUUUGAGGAAACAAAAGAUAAGUAAAAAUUAGGCACUUUUAGCUUUCCCCAACACCUUUAACAUUAAGCCCCGCCAAAAUAUACUUUGAAAAAAAGUCAUCAAAGCGAGCGAGAAAGAGAGAGAGAGAGUGAAAGAAUGUCAUCAAGUCUGGCCGCUGUGUAGCGACGUUGCGUCACGAGCGUAAUUUGCGGAUUCGCGUCAGGUGUACCGCGUGCUUAUCUUUUGAAAUGCCCGGACACAACGAUUUCAGUAAAGCGCGUGAUACACUUCCAAUAGAAUUUUGAUUCUCCAUUCAUAAGACAAAAAAGUAAAAGUCGAGCGUUAUUUAGGGAUAUCGCUUGGCAAUGAAAGUGGCGAUGGCAGCGGCUCUUUUGUACGUUUUCGCUUUGCCGGAAACUUCUCGAGUGUUAGCUGAUGAUUUUACCGAGAUAUAGAUCUUUAUCGAGAGAUAAGUUCAAUAAAAAAAUAAGGAACGAAUUGGAUAAUCUAAUCGGUGCGACGAACUUCGUUAAUCAAUGUAUAGAGUGUUGAAGUGGAAAAUUCGGGGACUAGCCGGACAACCGAGUAGUUGCGAUAAGUAUUUUUAUGUAAUGGGCCGAAGCUCCGAAUAGCGAACAAAUUAGUCAAGGCGUGACAAAUUUCGUUCGACUUGAAAUAUAUUGAUUCGGUAUAAAGAAUCUGUAAACGAAUCUGAUGCCUGAGUUUAAAAGCUAUGUCAGUGAUGAAAAAUAUCACAUAUAAAAGAGCUUUAAAUUCCAGCAGAUUCUUCCAACCGGUCAAAAGAGCUGACCUUCCACGAAACAACCCACAGCCAAAGCUACCUCCGGCCUUCACUAAAAGAAAAGAAAAAUGCACAAAAAAGCAAAAACGAAAAUCCCUCUGCAAGCCAGCUUUUCGCAAAAACUCAGCAACCUUCCCCUCUCGAACUUUCCACUCCCGAAAUAAUUCUCCGAACCCGAGCUAAUCGGUCGGACCUCCGAAAAAAAAGUCACAGGGCAAAAAUAUACCCAGCACACAAAGCCGAGAGUCGUUAUAUUCGCGAUUCGGCAUUGCGCGCGCCGAGAGUGCGAUGACUUGGGGGCCAGCGACUCGAGAGAAUUGAAACUGGGUCAAGGGGGAACGUCGCCGUCGCGAAAUCUGCCGGCGUUCUUUCAUCCCUGUAUCGAGAUCUGCCUGUACAUACGUAGAAAAUAUAGACACAAGUGACAGAGGACUAGACGGUAUAGUACACGUAACAGAAAUCAGCUGUUCCCUGCAAGCCGAACGAAAAAAGCGCGAAAACACGAAGAUCGCAGGAGUGAUCGAUUAUCGGCGUGGACUUUUCGAGACCGGCCACGUCCCCCGUUUUUUUUAUUUUUUUUUUAUUCUCGUCGAGACGAGUCGAGUAUCGGACGCGACGACUUUAUUAAACCGAUAUGCGCAGUUACGAAAGGAUUCGUUUGUAUAGCCUUUGUAAGCCGAGUAGGAUAAGGCGAGAGGCGAUAAUUGAUUUUCACUCGGCCGUUACAAGCAUUGCCCUAAUAAAAUAACGAUAAAGAGAUUCUUUUCCCUUCGAUAAAGCGCAUAUUCAUCGUACACCGCCUACGCAUACGUGCGUACACUAUAUGUUUUUAUAAUCCGUUCGAAUUUAAAGCGAAUCGCAAGGGAAAGUAGACAGAGAAGACGCACACACUUCUUUCGAUCAAGUGAACAGGAGGGAUUAAAAAGAAAUUACGAAACCGACAUUAUUUGCGAACGGCUUCGGCUGAAUUAUGCGCGAUAGGGCGCGUGCUUGACUUGGCGGCAAUGAAGAUACGAUAAGGAAUCAGUUGACAGUGUGACGAUACGUUCUGGAAAAAAGAGAUUUAAAAAAUGCACGAUAUACACUGCAAAUAAGAGAGACUGGAUUCGCAACGACGCAACACGAAACGUCAUAUUACUUCCUUUUUUUUCAUUCGCGCGAGCAGGUUUUAAGAGCGAAGCUGGUUAUAAACGCGUGUAAUGGUAUAUCGUCGAAGUGAGGCACCACAAUUGUCAGAGAGCAAGCGAAUCCUGUUUUAUUUCUUCAACAAUUAUUCCAUGAUGGAUGUAGAGUCAUUUCUUUUAAAUUUUUUUUUCUUUAGUAAUUUAAAGAGAAAAUAUUUUAAAUUUCCCGCUACAAGUUUAAGUAUCUCAGCGCCCCCUCCGGGCGAGUUGCUCAAUUCCCAAAAGAUAAAGAUGAGAUGAUUCGUCAUUUACCACCGUUCCUUUACCCACUUCCAUCUCCCCGUCAUCUGCGCUGCCGAUCAGCUGGUCCGCGGACACUUUCGGAGCAACUGCGUCGCUAAAGGAGAAAAGGGACUUUUUCAAAACAACAACAAACUCAAGGAUUAUGGAGAAGAACUCGUUGCUGCACCAGCAAGGAGACAAGCCACCGCCCUACACGCCAACGCCUCCACCGCCACCUCCACCGCCUCAAGGAAAUGCAUCAUGGCAGCCACCACCUGGAUAUUAUCCAACAUCAGAGCCUCAGUACCAGAGUUUUCAACCAAGCAACUAUGGCGCGACACAUUCCACAACAGUGAUUGUUCCUGAAAUCAUCCUUGUUGGUGCUUGUCCAGCAUGUCGGGUUGGAGUAUUGGAGGAUGACUACACUUGUCUAGGGAUUUUUUGUGCUAUCUUCUUUUUCCCCCUUGGAAUCCUUUGUUGCUUGCUAUUGAAAAAUCGACGUUGCUCUAAUUGUGGUGCCUACUUUGGCUGAUAUAGGGCUUAAAAAUUGAUAUUUAAUUAAAAGGCUGUUGAAGAUAAACUUAAAAAAAAACGAAACUUUUCGAACAAAAACGACAAAAUUUAACAUGUCUCAAAUCUGAAUUGGUAAGAUAAACAAAAAACGGAGAAUCUCAUUAACAAACACGUUUCGGAAAAUUCAAUCUGUUGAAAACCUUUCUUAGGUAGUUCUCUGUCUGAGUUUAUCAAAAUAAUUCACCUUAACAACCGUCAGAGUUAAGAGAUGUUAAAAAAAUCAAUGAUUCAAAUAGCUUUAAACAUAAAAUUUAAGUUAAACUAUGCAAAAGUCAAUCAAAGAUUGAAAAUAAGAUAUAUUUUAUACUAAGUAUUCCAUUAAGUAAGGUAUUUUUACGGGACUGAAGAGUAAAAAGUAUAGCGUAAGUGAUUGUUUUUUUGCAGUAGUUUCAGCCUGGUAAACAUAGAAUAUGUAUAAUAAUUAUAUUUUACUUAGAUUCUACACUACACUUAUAUGUUCACCUACUGAUUUAAAGAAUUCACUUCUAUAGUUAGAGCUGAUAUCUACUUCUAUCGCUAUUGUGAUAACUUUUUAAUCUGCAUUUAUGUUAAGAUUAAUCUGUUCUUUCUUGCUUUUAAAGCAACGUUUUUCCAAAGAACGAUUAGUUUUUUAUGUGAAAAAAUCAUGUUUUUACUGUUAUUAAAAAUUUGUUCAAAACUUAUAUGGUGUUUCAGCAAAAAAUUGUUUUUAACAAGUUUUGAAAUAUUUAGUUGAAAUCCUACGAACUCCGUUGAAAAAAGUACUAUUAUAUUUAAACUAGAUUACUUAUUUGUAAAAUACAAUGUGAAAAAUGAAGUUUUAUAAGACUUUUUAAUAAUACUUUGUUAGACAUGAGUUGUUAAAUUGUUAAUGCAUGCGUAAUUUAUUACGCGCAGUUUACUAUAGAAAUUAUUUAUAAGACAGAAUUUAUAUGAGCAAUGUUUACAUAGAUUUUGAAAAUAUAUGAUAAGGUAGUGAAAAGAAAA